AUGUCGUAUUUCAACUAUGCCUACACCAAAGAUGAGAAGGUAAGAAUGGAUUUUUAAAGAAGAAAAAAAACAAUUUUCGAUUUUCAGGACACUUUAAUCUACACGGAUGAAAUGGACAACUCGUUCUUCACAUUUCGACCAGCAAAAUCCAGCAAAGAGUUCAAUGUGUUGAAUUUUUGGAUGGUUGCCAAUUUUGUUUUUGCGAUUUUUAUCAUUCUUUUUGCAAGUUCGGUUUCGCAGGAGUUGUUCAUGUUUUUGGUGAGAUUUUUUGAACAAAACUUGCCACGUCAUAGCUCAAGUUCAGCGCUGACAAGGGAACUGUUUUCACUCUAGAUUUUUAAUGAAAUCUAUGUUUUCUAGAAGUUUUCGAUCACGAUUUGAAAAUUGCAGAGCUCAAAUCUUAACAUGCGUUAUCAUUUGUAAGUGGCAAAGUUCGAAAAUUUCAAAAAAUCGAGAUUUCGGAAGCAAAUCUGCAUAGGAUUUUUUGAAAUUUUUUGAACUUUACCACUUACAAAUGAUAACUCAUGUUAAGAUGCAAUUUUCAGACGGCGAAAUCGUGGAUCGAAAACUACUAGAAAACAUAGAUUUCAUUAAAAAUCUAUAGUGAAAGUUGAAAUCUUGUGAGAAAAGCAUGAGAAAUUUCUGCAGAUUCUCUUCGAGAGCGUUCUCUUCGCCUUGAUUCUGAUCGACAAUCCAACCGGCUAUGCAAUCCAUUUAUUCUAUCAAAUCUACAUGACACUCUUCUUCAUUUUUCUCCUCACAAAACGUGCCAGUUUUUCGCCGGUUAAUUUCAAUUUUCUCCCGCACGAUUCCGAAGCCGAAAUUAAUGUUAUUUUCUAUUUUGCCAUGGGUGAGUUGAGGUUUUGUCUUCAAAAUUUCCCUUUUUCUCAUUUCCAGCCAUGUCGAUUCGAUUGAUCGCAAGUCUCCUUGCUAUGCUAAACAUCUAUGAUUUGCUCUAA